UAGGCUCUUCCUGGCAUCUUCCUCGCUUUCGCUCGGCCCCCUCGCGUCUCAGCUUGUUUAUAUACAGUAGGCAGCGGAGAGAGGAAAGACAGAGCCGAAGAGGUCAGCUGUGGCUUUGCGAGGUGUCGUGGCGCGCUGGGCCCCUUUUCCCUGCGGAGCGGGUCCCUUGCCACCGCCUGUGCAUAAGGCCAUCGCUUUCCAACUUCAGCUACAGUGAUAGCUAAGUUUGGAAAGACCAACUUAGGGGGAAGCCGUUGUGUCCGCCUGCUUCUCUUUCCUUCUCUUUGCUGGAGCACCAGGCGGCUGCUGCUGCUCUUGUGUUUUGCCUCUGCGUCUCUCUCUCUCUCGGUCUCUCUCCCCCUCCUCUGCUUGGAAGGGGCGCGAUAGCACCAGCACCAGCAGCACCGACAGCCGCGAAGCGAAAAAACCUGGGGAAGAAGAACGAAAGGUGUAUGCAGAUCACCAUGACCCGGCCAGCCGCCGCCGAGCAGCAGAACCGCCAAGGAUGCUGUGGGACCUGUGUCAAUUACUUCACAUCUGCAAAAUCCCUUCUCUACCUUGGACAUGCACUAUCCACCUGGGGAGACCGUAUGUGGCAUUUCGCAGUGUCUGUCUUCCUGGUUGAACUGUAUGGAAACAGUUUGCUCUUGACGGCUGUAUAUGGAUUGGUUGUGGCAGGAUCAGUUCUUCUUCUGGGAGCCAUUAUUGGAGACUGGGUAGACAAGAACCCACGACUCAAGGUGGCCCAGACAUCCUUGAUUGUGCAGAAUGCAUCUGUCAUCUUGUGUGGCAUCCUUCUGAUGAUGGUCUUUCUGUUUAAGACGGAACUCUUGGCCUUAUAUCAAGGGUGGCUUCUUACCACAUGCUAUAUACUUGUCAUCACAAUAGCAAACAUUGCAAACUUGGCCAGCACCGCCACAGCAAUUACUAUACAGAGAGACUGGGUUGUUGUCGUUGCAGGUGAAAACAGAAGCAAAUUGGCAGAUAUGAAUGCUACGAUACGAAGGAUUGACCAGCUGACUAAUAUCUUGGCCCCAAUGGCUGUUGGACAAAUAAUGACCUUUGGAUCACCUGUGAUCGGCUGCGGAUUCAUUUCUGGCUGGAAUUUGAUUUCCAUGUGUAUAGAAUAUAUGCUGCUCUGGAAAGUUUACCAGAAAACUCCUGCCUUGGCUCACAAGGCCAUUUCAAAGGUUGAGGAGUCUGAGUUGAAGCAACUGAAUGUACAGAAAGAUGGUGACCUGAAGCCCAAUGAAGGAGUCCAGUUAAUGGGCGAAAAAGAGAUAGCUGCCUUUGAGUCCCAAAAGGAGAAAGAAGCUAGCUGUGUUUCUCGCAUGGCCGAGCCAUUCACUACAUUCCGUGAUGGAUGGGUUGCCUACUACAAUCAGCCAGUGUUCCUUGCAGGCAUGGCUCUUGCAUUCCUUUACAUGACCGUUCUGGGCUUUGACUGCAUUACUACUGGCUAUGCAUACACUCAGGGACUAAGUGGUUCCACCCUAAGCCUCUUAAUGGGGGCCUCGGCCAUAACUGGAAUAAUGGGUACAGUAGCCUUCACCUGGCUGCGUCGGAGGUAUGGGUUGGUUCGCACAGGCAUUAUCUCCGGACUAGCCCAACUUCUCUCUCUGGGCUUUUGCGUGAUUUCGGUGUUUGUGCCUGGAAGUCCUUUGGAUCUUACUGUUUCCCCAUUUGCUGACAUCAGUGCUAGAUUGUUUGAAAGUAAUCCAUUGCCUACUAUGGUGCCUCAAGGAGAUAUCCUUGAAAUGCCCUUUACAACUGGAAUGCCUACCUUGGUAAAUGGGUCUACUCUUAACAUGGAUCCAGAGAUGGCUCCAAAUCCUGUGCCUCUCAUCUCUGUGAGCUUUCUGUUUGCAGGAGUCAUUGCUGCUAGAGUUGGUCUGUGGUCUUUUGAUCUGACUGUCACACAGUUGCUGCAAGAAAAUGUGGUGGAGUCAGAAAGAGGUAUCAUAAAUGGUGUCCAGGACUCCAUGAAUUACCUUCUGGAUCUGCUGCAUUUCAUCAUGGUCAUCCUAGCUCCUAACCCAGAAGCUUUUGGAUUACUGGUGCUUAUUUCUGUUUCCUUUGUUGCCAUGGGCCAUAUCAUGUAUUUCCGGUUCGCCCAAAAGACCUUGGGGAGAAAUGUCUUUCUUUGCUGUAAUCCUGAGCCAAAGUCAGUCACUAAUGACCCAACACCUUGUGAGGCCUCAAAUGUCUAGAGCUUCAGUUACUGCCUGCUCCUCAUUUCCAGUCCAUGUAGAAUCACAUGCCUUAUCAUGAGCCGGGAGUAGUUGGUGCCCCUUAAAAGUGGUGAUGCUCAAAGCUCUACUCACCUAGGGUACCACUCUGUCCUGCCUCCUAGCUCCCUCUGCUUUUGGGCAAGUGACCAGCUGUGGGUUUUCUCCAGUUAGCAGUGACAUGGCUUAUUUAUUUAAGGAGAGAUCUCCUGAAACGUUAAACAUUAACUACACAUUAAAGACAAUUGAGGUAGAAGGAAAUAAUUUUGAUUAUAUUUUUUUAACCCUGGAUUCAUGCUGAUUUGGGGGGAGGAAGGGAAAUUAAUCUGGGGAGAAAUUAAAAAUAAAGACAAAGGUAUUGUGUUAUGCGUAACGGGACCUGUGGUUCCCACGCCCCCUUGCAACAUAAUUGUACUAUGUUUUGCCAUUGAGAAACAUGACCAAAAGGUUACACAAAUGAAUGAAAAUGUUAUGGGCUUUAUUGAUUGAUAGAGCUCUGACACGUGCCUGGGGGCGCGGGACAAACAAGCCCUUCUUUCUGUGUACUUUUCCUGGUUUUCUGUGAUGCUUGCCCUGCAGAAAUACCUUGGCUACUUUAGUAUACUCCCUAAAUAAGAAAUAGUGCACAAUAUUGUAGGAAAAAAACAUACUGUAUAGCACUUCCUAGGAACUUAGAAUAGCCUGAUAUAAGCAGAAGCUGUAAAUAUAAUGUAGCAUUGUAACACAGACCAUUUUAGAACCCCAUAUUUACUAAGCUUUGGAUUCAUAGUGUUAAGGGACAGAUAUCUGAAUUCAGGGAACUAGGCCACAGGGAACUAGGAAGCCUCUUUAAAGAAUUUGAACAGAUCAGUAAGCUGACCAUCUCAAACCACUUCCUUCAGGGUAGCCCCCACUAUUGAGGAUUGUAUCUAACGCACAAUCCACUGAACCUCUCAGUACAAGGCCUUGUGAAAUUAAUGGGAAUUGUCAAAGACCAAAUGAGGCUUGUGUGGGAGGCAUUCUUAAUUGGGCGGCGGGGGUGGGUGGGUUAUGACAAUGCCUUGAGAAAUCAGACAUGUGAAUAUAGCAUGUUAGCAAAUACUUAAAUUGUCCAUGCUAAAUGAAAUGUAAUGACCAUGGUCCUGAUCCACAGAUCUUUAUGCACACAAACAGGCUGCGUAAAUGUGGCUGUACGUGAGGAUUCUUCACACCAAACAGUUGGUUGGUACUGUACUGCUGCAUUGACACUGCCAGUUACAUGCACCAAUUGACCAUGUAUUCAGUCUGUCAUGCACUUGCAGUGCACAACCAUUGCCUUCUGCAACAGACUUUAGGCAUCACAGAUUGCAUUCAGAAGGGUGAUCUGCCUGUAGAAGCCUGUUUCAGCUCACAGAUUGUCCUUGCUGGGUUGGGGCACAUAUGGACAACUUUAACUGUUCUAUAAAGCUGAUAUGUCUUAUGCCUUCUCUUUUGUAAACAAGAAAAAAAAAAUAUAUAUAUAUAUAUAUCUUUUACAUCUUUCAACUUACUAGAAAUUUGUAUUAAAAAUGUUUCUUAAAGCUUGUUACUAUAUGAUUUUAAGAUCAGUAGUGACUGACAACGCCAUGUGUGCUUAAAUGUUUUUUGAGCCCUUUUUUACAGUGUACAGGCAUGAGUACAAUGCUUUUACAUUAGCCAUGUAUGCACUUUUGUGGAAAUUACGUUAACGUUGCUACAAGCACUUUGCUUUUCAGUAUAGCUGAAUCCUCUUUACUGUACUCUGAUGUUUUUUCUAACAUGAUUUUAAUCUCUGUUGAUAAAUAUUUGUAAAAUAUUUGUUUGCAUAAAUAUAAACUAUUUUUCAGA